AUGAACGUUUGUAAAAUGAAAGUUCAACAGAAAAAAAAUUUGAAAGAUUGUAAUUUAAAAAGUAAGAAUACCAUAUUAACAAGUUUUGAAAAAAAAAAAAAUGAGAAAGAUGAGAAUAAUUUAUUAAAAUUUGCAAAAUUAAUUGAUAAUAAAAAUAAAGUUGUUAAUAGCAAGUUUUUAAAAAAUGAUAAUUACAAAUGUAAUGAAAGGAAAGAAAGUUUAACAAGAUGUAGUACAAACGAAUCAUUAAAAUUAAAGAAUAUGAAAACAUUAACAAAAGAUUUUGAUUAUAAUAAUAAUAAUGAUGAUUAUAAUAAUAAUAAUGAUGAUUAUAAUAAUAAUAAUGAUGAUUAUAAUAAUAAUAAUAUUAAUAAUAAUAAUAAUAAUAAUAAUAAUAAUAAUGGUCAUAGCAAAUUGGUUUUUAAAAAAAAAAGUAAAGAUAUCGAAUCAACUGUAAUAGAAGAGGAUGAGAAAAAAAGUGAGAAAAAAACCAAUGAUUUGAUAAAUAACAAAAAUGAGUUUAAAGUAAACAAUAAGUUAAUAUUAAAAAGUAAAGAAUUCAAAAGUAAUAAUAAUAAUAAUAAUAAUAAUAAUAACAAUAAUAAUAUUUGUAAAUUAAAGAAUGUCGAUGAUAAAAAUAAGAAACAACAAAUGGAUACCUAUUCUCCUAAAGAGAACGAGGAAGAUAACUCAAACAAUAUGAAGAAAAAUUCGUGUUUAAAAAAUAUAAAAAAGAAUCAAAUUAACGAAAAGGAAAUUAUACCGAAUACUGUAGAAGAAAACCAUGAUACCCAUAGUAAAGGGGAUAAGGAACAUAAUGGAGUAUCUACUAAAAAUGUAAAGAGAAUGAAUACAAUGUCAAAAGAAAUAAAUCAUAAAAAUAAUAAUAUUUUAAAGAAGAACCUUUCAAAAAGUAAUAGCUUGGAGCUAAAGAAAGGUAAAAAAGGGGAUAAAUUGAAAGAUAAAUUAAUUAAUAAUUUGAGCGGGAAAAAAGGUAUGAAUAAAGAGAAAGAAGUGGUCCAAUCGAGUAGUGCUAAAAGAAGCAGUAGUAGAUAUUCAAUUGAUUAUGGAAGAAGAGACAGUUCAAGGAGAGGUUCAGCCAAGCAAGAGAAGGGUAAAGAAAGAAGAGCAAGUAAAAAUGUUUCUAAGAAGGUUUCUAAAUCGAAAUAUACAAGAAAGAAAUCGAAGAGGAUUAAAGAGGAAUCUGACGAAUCAGAUGAUGAUGAUGAUGAGGAGGAGGAAGAUGAUGAUGAUGAUGAAGAGGAGGAAGAAGAGGAAGAAGAAGAGGAAGAAGAAGAAGAGGAGGAAGAAGAAGAGGAGGAAGAAGAAGAGGAAGAAGAGGAGGAAGAAGAAGAGGAAGAAGAAGAAGAGGAAGAAGAUAAUGAAAAUAAUAACAGCGAUAAUAAUGACGAAAGCGAUGAGGUGUACACAAAUAGAAGUAGAAGAAGUACAAGGUGUAGCAUAGUUAAAAGGAAAAGUAGCCUAUGUAUAGGAAAAAAGAACAGUAAAAUAAUAAAAAAGAGUACAAGUAAAACAAAAAAUAAUAAGAAAAAAAAGGGAAGUGUUAUUAAAUUAGAGAAGAAAAAAGAAAAGUUGAGCAAAAAAGGAAUAUUAAAGAAAAAGAAUAAAAAGACGAAAGGUAAAUUAAGAAAGAAUUCGAAAGUAUAUCAUAGAAAAAAAAAUAUAAAAAAUGAAAAAGUUGGUAUUGAUGAAGAAGAUAUUGAAGAAGAAAUUGAAGAAGAGGAAGAGCCAUCCUAUUUUGAUGAAUAUAAUCUUUCUAUUGAAGAAAGGAAAAAAGAUUUAGAAGAGAAAGAGAAGAAAAAAGAAAUAAAAGAAAAAUAUAUAAAACAGAUAAAAUUACCUAAAUAUGCAGAUGAUGAAUCAAUUAUAUUUAUAAACAAUCCUAAUUAUGUGAUGGUUUUAUUAUUUUUAACUGUAUAUAAAGAUGUAUUAAAAAUGAAUUGGAAUUUUAAAGAUAUUGAAGAUAUGUUUCAGAAUAAAGAAACUACUGAAUUUGGUCGGAAUUUUAUAUUAAAGUUAUUUUUCUUUUUAGGAAGAUAUUUUAAUUCAAAAUCUAUAUUUAUGUAUAAAUAUAUAUCUAGAAUAUUUGAAGAUAAAGAAGAGAGUUUAUCACGUGUUGUAAAUUUCCAUGAGCUAUUUCCUGUUCUUGAAACGAAGAAGGAAAUAAAGAAUAGUGGCGUGGGUUCAAAAAGGAAGAAAGAUAAGAGGGGCAAAAAAAUGAAAAUACAUCAAAAGGAAGAUGAGUUGUUAUAUGAUGAGGAGGUUAUAGGGAACGAGGAUGUUAACAUAUUUGAGGAGGAGGAGGAGGAGGAGGAAGAGGAAGAUGACGAUGAGGAAGAUAAUGAACAUUCUAAUGAUGAUGAAGAUGAGGAAGAGGAAGAUAAUGAGCAUUAUAAUGAUGAUGAAGAAAAAGAAAAUGUAAAUUAUAAGGAUGAGGAAGAAAAAAAAAGUGAUAUGAAUAAUGACAGUACGAAAAAUACUGUUAUAAAGGAAGAAAAGGAUGGAUUACAUAUAUCCGAAAGUAAUCAUAAUUUAGUUAAUAUUGUUAAUGAUAGUAUGAAGAGAGAAGAAAGUUGUAAAAAUGGUCACAUUGUUGAUAAUGAAAGAAGUGCAGAUUUUAAAAUAAAUGAUGAUAAAAAUAAUGAAGAUAAUAAUGAUGAUGGUGAUAAAAUUGUGGAUAGUAAAAAUAAUAUAGAGAAUAAAUUAGAUAAGAGUGUUGAUGGAAUGAAAGAUAUAAAUAGCACAGAAGGUAUUAUAAAAAAUGAGAAUGUAGAUGAUGAGAAAGGGUUAACUAAUAAAUUAUUUUUAGAAUGGGAUGAUUUGUCAGUUAUUUCUAAAUUAAGAAUUAUUCGUAUGUUAUUAAAUUUAGUUUUAUGUGAAAGUAAUAAUUUAAAGAAGAUGUUAGGUGAUGAGAAAUUAAAUUAUAAUAAUGGAUAUUUAGGAAAGAUAAAUAAUGAGAAGUAUUGGUUUAUUUUUAAUGAUACGAUUAAUAUAGAAUAUAAAUUAUAUUUAGAAAGAGAAGAAGAAGGUUCUUUUAUUUUUAUAUGUGAUGAUGAUGAUAUGUUAUAUACAAUAGGUUAUAAUUUUUUAAGAAAUAGUGAUACUAAAUUUAUGGGUGAGGCAUUGAUUGAAAGAUAUAAUAAGGUAUGUAGAGAAAGAAGAAAUAGAAGUCGAAUGUUGAAACAGCAGAAGAAAUUAUUAUGUUCUGAUAUAAAUUUGAAUGAUCCAUUAUUAGGAACAAAGAAGAGGCAACCUAAACAGGUUGAAUAUUUUAAUUUUAAUAAUAAUGAAAAGAUAAGAAGGAAGAAAAGUGACAUUAAUAAUAAUAAUAAUAAUAAUAAUCCUUAUUCAGUACCACUUACUAAAUCUUAUCAGAAGAAUGACAGAUCGUUUAGAUUAGCUGCAAGAAAUGCUCAAAAAGGAAGUGUGGAUGAUUUAGAAGCGUGGAAAUUGAAUGAGGGUUUAUUGGGUAUAGAAAAUGAGGGAGGAAUAUCUGGAAAUUAUAAUAUAGAAAAUGAUGGUAAUAAUAUGGUAGAAACGAAUAAUAUAAAUGAUAACAACAAUGAUAAUAAUAAGAAGAACAAUAAUAAUAAUAAUAAUAAUGUUGUGGUGAAGGCAGAUGGGAAUAAUGUAUAUGGACCUAAUAAUAACAAUGUGAUCGGAUCAGAUGGAAACAUGAACAACGGAAAUAAUACUACUACUACGAAUAAUAAUAAUAAUAAUAAUAAUAAUAAUUUGGGAACUGUUAAGAUUCCAUUAAAAAGAGGAAGGAAAAAAAAAUCAGAAAAAAAGAAGAGAGGUAGGAAAAAGAAAAUUCUAUCAGUAGAUGGUAUAGGAGAUGUAGGAAAUAAUUUAAGCUCCUUAAAUGUUGAUGAAAAUAGGAGAAAAAGUAUGCCGAAUAUUGGUAGAGGUAGGAGAGGUACAUAUACAAAAAGAAAUACAAAACCAUCCGUUUCUAUAAAAUAUGGAACAAGAAGUAAUUCAAUAAAUAAAUAUGAAAAUGAUGUUAUGUCGUUUAAUGAGUAUUCAUUAAAUCCUGGAUUAAGCAUGGAUGAUUUUUAUAAAAACAUGGUUAUGGAUGCAAAAUUUUUUCAUGGAAAUAUGAGUAUGAAUAAUUAUAUGAAUGGUGGUUUUAAUAUGCCAAAUAAUAAUAAUUCAAUGAUGAAUAUGAGGAAUGGUAGUAAGAUGGGUAAUAUAAAUAAUUUAGGUGGUUAUAAUUUCCCUUAUAUGUGUACACCACCACCACCUAUGUAUAAUCAAUAUUAUAUGUAUAAUGGGAAUAAUAUGUAUUUACCAAAUGGUGGAGCUAUUAAUAAUAUGAAUAUGAGUAAUACAAAUAAUAGUGCAUCUGUUGGUAUUGGUGGGAAUGUUGUGUCUAACCAAAACACGGUAAAAGAUGUUAAGGCUGAAAAUAUGAAUAUGGCAAAAAAUAGUAUAAUGGAAAAUAGAAAUUCAAUUUCAGUGAAUAGUAUGAAUAAUAUAAAUAUGAAUAACAUGCCUCAUAAGAAUAGUUUCUUGGGUAAUGAUGGCAUUAAUAAUAUGAACAGUAUGAUGAAUAAUAAUAAUAAUAAUAAUGUGAGUAAUAAUAAUAAUAAUAAUAAUAAUAACAAUAAUGUAAAUUUUAUGGAUAAUAUGGGAAAUAAUAAUAAUAGUAACAAUAAUAGUAACAAUAGUAACAAUCCUAUGAAUAAGUACAACAAUUAUAUGAUGAAUAGGAACGCACUAAAUAAUAUGGGAGGUACGAAUCCUAUGUAUAACAAUAUGUAUAAUAUGAAAUUCCCUUAUAUGAAUAAUGAUAUGAUGAAUUAUAAUUAUAAUAUAAAUACUUUUCAAAAUAUGAAUUAUGAUAAAAUGAAUAAAAGCAUGUUUAAGAGAUAUCCUAAUUUUAUGGGUGGUUAUCCUUAUAAUAAUAUGAAUCCAUAUAACAAUUUUAAUGCUUUCAAUAUGAACUAUCAACAAAAUGACCAAAUGAACCAAUUACCUAACAUGCAAGGAGCAUAUAAAAGUAAACUAAUGAAUGAUAACUUAUCUAAUUACCAAUCGUUUAAUAAUAACAAUAUAAAGCAAAAUCACCACGAUAAUAAUAAUAAUAAUAAUAAUGAUAAUAAUAAUAAUAUUAAUAAGAAUAAUAGUGAAUGUGGUAAUAAAAAUGUGGAUGAUAGUAAUAAAAAUAAUGAUAUAAAUAAAAAUGAUAUUUUAGAUAGUACAAAGUUUACUGAGCAAGCGGUUGGGGGUGUAGCUCUUAAUAAUGAUUGUACCACAAGAGGAGAGGAUAAUCAUAGAAUAGAUUUAAAGGGUGAUGUUGUAGAAGCAUUAGUAGGAAAUAAUAAUGAGAAAAUGAAUAGUAGUGAUCACAAUUUGAAUUCUUUAAAAAAUUUACAAAAUAUAAAUAGUACAUAUAAUAUGGAUCAUAUGUCCCACAUGAGAAAUUCGGUAAGUGGAUCAUCCAUUGGUAUGAUAAAUCCUGGUCAUAUGAAUAGUUCGCAUAGUGGUAGUAUAAUGAAUAAGGAUAAAUUUAGAGACCUCCAAUUGAAUAAUAAUAAUAACAACAACAACAACAACAAUAAUAAUAAUAAUAAUAAUAAUUAUGUAAAAGUUAAUCCUUUUGAUCAUCCCAUGAAAAAUAUGAAUCAAAAUUUAAUGGAUGAUAAAUAUCCCAAAGAUAAUAAUAUGAUGAUGAUGAUGAUGAACAGUGUUUACAAUAUAAUGGGAUCAGAUCAUUUCCAUAUGAAUAAUAGUCAUAUGAUGGAUCCUAUGGGUUCACCUAAAAUGAAUGAUAAUAUGUAUAACCAUAAUAAUAUGAAUUUUGAAAACACCAACACUAAUCAUAAUAAUCACAAUAAUCACAAUAAUCACAAUAAUCACAAUAAUCACAAUAAUCAUAAUAAUCACAAUAAUCAUAAUAAUCAUAAUAAUAGAAUACAGGAUAAGCUUCCUGAAUAA